AUGUAUGCUAAAGAUGAUCAUUACUUCGAUAUAGAAUUCGAAGAGUAUGAAGAAUACUUAACAGUUCAUCAGCCGCUGAAGACGAAGAAUUUAAUCUUGAAACAAGGAGACUUAUUUUCAGCUCCCGAAUCGUGUGCUCUCGCGCACUGUGUAUCACAAGAUUUCGCUAUGGGACAAGGAAUCGCAGUACAAUUCAGAGAAUCAUUUGGAUCAGUGAAUGUUCUACUAGAACAGAAGAAAAUGGUAGGAGAAGUGGCGGAGUUGAAACUCCCCGAGCGAAAUUUGUAUUACUUAGUAACGAAAUUUAAAUAUCAUGAUAAACCAUCAUAUCGAACGGUGUGGAAUGCUCUGCGGAAUUUAAAGAAGACAUGCGAAGAUAAUCAAGAGAAGAAAUUAGCAAUGCCAAAACUAGCAUGCGGACUAGACGGAUUGAAUUGGGAAGAAAUACAAGCAAUGAUUCAAUUCAUUUUUUAUAAUUCAGACAUAGAGGUGUUUAUUUAUACGUUGCCGAAAGAAAUGGGGGCAAUUUUACGAAUUGAAGAAGAAAUUAUCGAACCAGAAUGGGAUAGAGAACUACUGAAGAAAGCGCAAUCACAAGACACAUUUUGCAAAACUAUCAAAGAACAACUAGGACAAAUAGAGGAAAGGGUGGACGACGUGUACUAUCUCUCAAAGGACGGAAUAUUAUAUCGGAUAGAGAAUAAUAUAGACAAAUUGAUAGUACCCAAGAUAUACGUUAAAACGUUUUAG